AUGGAUUUGCAAUCCAACGAUUUCGACCGCCUUUUGUUCUUCGAGCACGCUCGUAAAACCGCUGAAGCUGAAUACGUUGCCAACCCUCUCGAUGCUGAUAAUUUGACAAGAUGGGGUGGAGCUUUGUUAGAGUUGUCUCAGUUUCAGAAUUUUCCAGAAUCAAAGAAGAUGACCCAAGAGGCUAUUUCGAAGCUGGAGGAGGCCAUUUCUUUGAAUCCCAUCAAGCACGAUGCCCUCUGGUGCCUGGGAAAUGCUCUCACUUCACAAGCAUUUUUAAACCCAGACCCAGAUGAAGCUAAAGUUCAUUUUGACAGGGCAGCUGUGUACUUUCAACAAGCCGUUGAUGAGGAUCCUUCGAAUGAACUUUACCGCAAAUCAUUGGAAGUCGCUGCUAAGGCUCCCGAGCUACAUGUAGAAAUCCAUAAGCAUGGAUUAGGUCAGCAAUCAGCAGGGUCGGCCGGGCCUUCUUCAUCUUCUAGUGCAAAGACUCAAAAGAAAAAGAAGGACAGCGAUUUGAAGUAUGACAUACUUGGAUGGAUAAUCUUGGCUGUUGGCAUUGUUACAUGGGUGGGGUUAGCAAAAUCGAACCUUCCACCACCGCCUUCGCCUCCUAGAUAA